GCUUUCGUCACUGCCCAUCGUCCUUCCCGUCUCUUGCCAAUCACAGGUAACUACACAGUGCAACCACUGUCCCAGCUAAAACCGGGAAUGGGCGAGCCUGGGCCGUCUGAAGCAGUGAAGCUCUCAGGUAGGGUCCCGUUAAGCCACACCUUUUUCCGGGGCUGUCGACGACAUCUCAUAAUGCUCUUGCCGUCAGUGACUUCGUUUCCUUUCAAGCAACAUGGCCCUUGCUUCUCUGGUCUUUGCUUCCUUCACUUGAACCUCUGUCUGGUCGAUCGCUUACUGUCAUGCCGUGCUGAAAUGUCCUUGACUGACUACGCCCACUAUCAAAAUGUCUACCCAUCCGGAUAACAAUGCUGCGGCAGAGGUCGAACAACAUGCCAGCAACUUACUUGAAGCUGGCAGCAUCUUGAAGGAGAAAGCAAAGUUGAAAGCCAAACGCAUCUUCAAACGUGACCAGACUUCCGACGAUGAAAGCGUCUUCUCAGACCCGGCUUUCGACCCAGCUAAGGUUCUUGACAACAAGUCGGACAGGUUAGACAAGUCGGUCCGUGAAACUCUCAAAGAUGGCGCCAAAGAUCUCAAGUUCGUCGUGGCUCAUCCUCGCCGAGUUGCGCGAGGCAAAGCCAUUCACAAAACAGCUGGCACGAUUGGAGAGACCCAACAUCCGGCAUUGACCGCUGAACGAGAUCAAGAAUUGCUUGACGCGCACGAUGCUCUUGCCCAAGCAGAAUCUGAUAUUGGCCCCGGUCCGAACCAUCAAGCUGAUAUUGACGAUGCUCGUCACCGCAUACAGGUGGUCGAGGAGAAGAAAGAAGAUCUUCAAACUGCUUGGAUUCUCGGUCGUCACGUUUCGCGUGUCAAGGUCGUGCGACCAGUUAUGGUGGACCGUCCUAAGCGUUCCCAGUAUACAACCAUCACUCCAACUGGCGAGCGGCGGCUGCAGUGGGAAAGAUAUGUUGGUCACCUGGCGCUGUACUACACCCGAGGGUUCAACGCGCCUUACAUUGACGAUUUCGAGACUCCUCCAUUCGACCUUGAAGAUUUGGCUAGGAUCCUUGAGAGGAUUGCCAUCACCAGCGCGCCAUUGCAGACCUUUUUCAUGAAGAUCAGAGAAGUUUACAUGUGGAAAGAUCCCAAGUGUACGGCAAAAUGGGCCGCUCUUUUUGCGGUGCUGUGGUACUUUCAGUAUAUUAUGUCCUACGUCUACUUUUACAUCCUCUAUUCGACUUUGCGCAACAAAUUCAAUCCAGGCUCGGUUAAGGCCGUCCGCGCCAGUGUCGCCCGGUCUUUUGAUCGUGAGAAGCGUGUUCAAGCCUGGGGAGAAUUGUUGCAGCGGCACGGUCAGAAUAACUGGAUCGAACCUCUUCUCGACGAGGUUGGACCUAUUCUUCAGAUGCAGUUGGGCGAUAUCGCUGAUCUGCUUGAAGUCUUGAUCAAUUUCCACCGAAAUGAAAAACCAGGUCGAACUUUGGCAUCGUUGUUUUUCUUUGGGUCCUGCUUGACCAUCACCUUGUCUGCGGACAUGGCGUUUUGCAUGAAGCUGGUUUGGUUUAUUGUUGGGGCCGGCUUUUUCGUGACGUUUCCUAUUGCCACGAACUUUCCAAAGUAUCGAUAUCUUGUGUCUCAUAUGCGGUGGAUGUUCUGGGAUAUCCCUACCCACUCGGAAUUGGCAAUUCUACGAUUACAGGAAAAGGCUAUCAUGAGAGAUGCCGAUCUGAGCGAGUUCGAAUUGCACGCCGCCUCCGAACCGUUACAUACGUUCAGUGUCAAGGAAGAGACGGACGGGAAGGGUCAACUUGAGGUUGGCAGAUCAGGUCUUACGCUUACCACCAAGAUCAGUGAACGAACGUGGGUUUAUUCAGAGCUUGUGGAGUUGCAGAAGUUGGAUGCUGUCGAGUCGGAUACUGGUCUCAACAAGAUUAAGAACCUGCAUUCCUCCUCGUCUGCAGUGUUGCAGAUUUUGUUGUUCGAUAAGACUCUAACGUUGAUACUUGAGCCCGCACAUCGAGAUCGAGCAUUCAACUUGAUUUUGGCGUGGAGUGGACAGAAAUGGCAGUCUUUGCGUAUGGAAGGACAUAACAAGGGGAAGGACGACAAGAGUAACCUUGAUAGGGCCAUGAAGCGGGCUUUUCGUUGAUGUCGAAAUGCUACAAACUUCACCGAUGAUGUCAAGUGUCGAAAUGCUUUCUGUCCCUCCACGAUGCUACAAAGUCAUUGUUGAUAUAUCGAUUUCUCUUCUUGUAGCUCGUGCCCAGUUGUUCGUAUGGUCUUGAUGUGCCCUGAAGCGAGUGGCUCUUCGACGCCGAUGCGCUCCUGUGGUUUCUCGUCCAUCAUGCCAGCAAGUCCACUGUCAC